AGUAAUCAGUUCAGCCUCAGACCGAGAGAAGCCAUGUCUAAUUCGGGAGUUCUCUUGAUCGGGCUUGCGUCGUUCCUGAACCGAGUGCUGGAAAGUUUUGGUAUGAGCCUUCAAAGAAUUUCGAAAAAAGCAAUUGUCGAUGGAAAUUCUGGUCGUCUGGAAGAAUGGGACGAAGGUUUCGACGUACUAUUGAAAUGUUUCCGGCGUAUGAAAAAGCAACUGGGUUUCUUAGGUAGCGUAUCAAUAAUUAAGCGUCUCCAGAAAUUACUGGACUCAAAAGUGGAAAUUUCGAAAUACGUGAAAGAAAACCCAUUGGCUAUGAGGUUCAAGAUUGUAAGGCCAAUUUUUAUAAUAGGCCUACCAAGAAGUGGGACGACUCUACUCCAUAGGCUUUUGUCGCAGGACGAUAGGCUAAAGGCUCCACUCCAAUGGGAAGUAUUGUAUCCGACUCGAAAAGAUAGCCGGGACACGAUAGAUAUGGUUCAAGAUAUCCUAAAGUAUAUAGAGAGGUCGUCGCCGGACUUUAGGAAGAAACACGACCAAGGACCGUACAUGGCUGAGGAGUGUGAGGUACUAUUAAAUAGAUGCGGUAUAUUCGGUGACUUUCCGGCACAGUUCGACGACACUCGGGAGUAUGCCUCUUGGUUCUGCAAACAGAACUUGGACCAGAUGAAAGAGAGAUAUGAAUAUUACAAACUACAAUUGCAAGUAAUGAGCUAUAAGCAAAAGUUAAAUCCUUGGGCGUUUAUAUUAAAAUCGCGCAUUCAUCUCUUUCAUCUGGCCUCGGUUAAAGCGGUAUUUCCUGAGGCAAUGUUCGUUUGGACUCACCGAAAUUUAGACGAGAUAGUACCUUCAUUCUGUUCACUAGAACUUUCGGCUUCACGAGUGAUGGGGGUAAACAAGCUUUCGAAGAAUGAACUGGGUCGAAAUAGCUACCAACAUCUAGUCAACGCAGCCAACACGGCAGCCGACACAAGGGCGAAUACAGAGCUGCACUGCGUCGAUAUAGACUACGAAUCGUUGAUUGAAGAUCCAAUCAAGUACAUAAAGUUGAUCUACAACGAAUUGGACUUGGACUACAGCGACGACGAUUUUGCGAAACAUCAGAAGUUCUUGGAUGAAAAUUCGCAGCAUAAGUUUGGUAAGCAUGAAUAUUCUUUAGAAGAAUGGGGAUUGGAUGAAGAGAGCAUCGAAAAUGCUUUCGACGGCUAUUUGCGAAUGCAGAGGAAUUACCUCUGA